AUGUUUUGUUCAUAUGCUCUCAAAUCGCAGUUUCUUACGUCACCUUUGUUUCGCACAAAUUAUCUUACAUCGUUUCUCAUUACAAUGCGAUAUCUUAUCUUUGCACUUUAUGCUGGGGUAAUUCUUGCAGCGGUGGGUCUUCUUCCUGCUCCCAAAUACGUGGAAAAAGUAGGAAAUGGACACUUAAAGUUGUCUUCAGCCUGUUAUUUGAAUUCUAAUGUUCUUGAUUCUAUUGUUCUUCAAGGGUUUGACCGUAUGGUGUCUGCGAUAAUUGACCAGAAACUAACCCUAAAUGCCCUGCCGUGUGUAUUCAAUGUUUAUAUUGAAGAUGCUGAUGCUGAUCUUCAAAUGGGAGUAGAUGAAUCAUACGAGGUGAAAGUAAAGCCACAAACAUCAAGUAUUGAAAUUAGCAGUAAAACCAGAUGGGGAAUCCUACACAGUUUUACAACAAUACAACAAUUGGCGGCCGCUGGUUUGUUUAUACAAGAGUUGCACAUCAAGGACAAACCACUCUACCCACAUCGAGGCCUUAUGAUAGAUAGUGCCCGAAAUUACUUGACGGUCAAUUCUAUACUCGAACAGAUCGAUAUCAUGGCACUUUCCAAAAUGAACACUCUUCAUUGGCACCUUGUGGAUACCCAGUCGUGGCCCAUAGUACUUGAAUCUCACCCAGAGAUGGCUCUAGAUGCAUACUCUAGUCAGGAAGUUUACACUCGAGCUGAUAUUCAAGCUAUAGUUUCAUAUGGUCGCCAAAGAGCCAUCAGAAUAAUUCCUGAGAUCGACAUGCCAGGCCAUGCUAGAGCAGGAUGGAGAAGAAACGAUGCUGAGUUGGUGAUUUGUGGUGAUACUGACUGGGAAAAGCAGUCAACUGCAGUAGAACCACCGCCUGGUCAAUUGAAUUUGAUCUUGAACAAAACCUAUGAUGUGGUUAAGGAAGUGUAUGAUGAAGUUUCACUGGCAUUUUCUGAUAAUCUUUUUCAUGUCGGUUCCGAUGAGGUGUCUGUUGGGUGCUAUAACUCAUCUUUGUCAAUUAGAACAUGGCUUGAGAGUCACAGCAAAAGAGGGUUUCUGGGUUUGAUAGACCAUUGGCUUGAUGAAGCGUUACCCAUUUUCAAAAAUAAAAAAGCCAGAAGGCUUAUUAUGUGGGAAGACGUUUUACUUUCUUCUGUCAAUGCAUCUAACUUGCCCAAAGACGUUAUUUUGCAGUCUUGGAGAGAACACACUAAUAUCCAGCAAUUAGCCUCUCGUGGCUAUGAUGUAAUAAUUUCGUCUUCCUCGUUCUUAUAUCUCGAUUGUGGAGUUGGAACUUUCUUCACAAACGACAUUAGGUAUGUCGAAAACGUCACAAAUUACAACUGGAACUAUAAUGGAAGAGACUCAUGGUGUGGUCCCUACAAGACAUGGCAGCGGAUCUACUCCAUGAACAUAACUGGUUCGUUGACGGAAACUGAAAAAAGUCAUAUCUUGGGAUAUGAAGCUCCACUUUGGUCUGAGCAAGUAGACAGUAAUAUCUUGACCCAGAAACUAUGGCCCCGAGCUGCUGCACUAGCAGAACUCUCCUGGAGUGGAAACUUGAACGAAAAGGGCCAAUUGCGUCUAGAAGACUUUGGACAACGACUUCUCGCAUUUCGAGAAUAUUUGGUGAGUCUUGGUCAUCAUCCAACACCAGUGGCUCCAAAGUACUGCUUGAAAAAUCCUGGGGCAUGUACCGUAGCUGCAUAG